AUGAAAGGAUCACCCUGUACGAAUUGCCAACUGGACUGUGUGGAUUGUGUUGUCAAAGAGCGAGCUCCAAGACUUAUGAGACGUGUGUAUGCCACCGACCAAGAAACGAGACAGGUCUUCGAUUGCACCUGCGCAUCACCAACACCAGAACGUGACGAGCUCGAGUUGUUUGACGAAACCCAAGGGUUUGCAAAUGCCGUACAGAGCUCAUACGAUGGGCCUGCAGAAGCAAGCGACAAGUCUUUCAGCUUUGCAUCGUCAGAAGCGGCAACAGCUGUUCUCCAUGAUACAGAUUCUCCAGGGCGAAUCUUAGCUAAGACGAAAGAAGCCUCUCAACAGCCUCCCCUUUCUUCCGAGCUUCCAAGGACCGACACAGGACUGCUCUACGAAUCCGAUCUUGACCCUGAAUUUCUGUCAGACGGCUGUGGGGAAACGAUGCUAUUGUAUACGGCAUAUCCAUUUCUCGCCAUCAACAACUUGGCAGUUAUGUCUCAACAAGAUCUUGCGUUUCUCCAAGGCAAGGGCGCAUUACACGUCCCCGCUAAGCCGAUCUUGGACGAAUUCAUUCGUCAGUAUUUUCUGCAAGUCCAUCCAUUUUAUCCUUUGAUGGACGAAGGAGACUUUUGGAGCGUAUAUCGGCAGGACGCGCAAUCUAGAUCGGCCCCGAUGGUGCCCUUACUGGUCUUCCAGGCUAUGCUAUUCGCCUCCAGCAACUUCGUCCCUGAGGCACUGAUUGCAUCUCUCGGGUACGACAAUGCCAGAUCAGCUCGCGCGGCAUUAUACCAUAAUGCAAAGCAUGCUCGACAUGUCAACGCUCAUCUAGCAUGGGAAACAUCGAUUGGUCUAACCGUUGGCAAUUUGGACCCCCGAGAAGAGCCGCAGAUGCUUAGGAGAAUUUGGUGGUGUUGUUUGAUUCGUGACCGCUUCAUGGCACUGGGGUUAAGGCGCAGCCUCCAAGUCAGGAAACAGUACCCGAUUGUGUACAUCUCCGACUUCGAGUUCUUUAUGUUCCUCAGGCUCAUCCACCUCAGCAACAUUAUGGUGGAUCUUCUCGUCCUCAUGUCUCCAUUAGACAACUCACCGAGUUUGGAGCAACUCAGCCCAGGUAUCCCGAUUAAAUGUCGAAAGGAUCUACACAGGUGGCAUGAGAGGACACAGCAGAAGAUAUCCUCGUGGCUCUCUUGCGACCAAGAUCAAGGACAUGCCGUCAUUAUCCACAAGAGUAUCUUGUUUAUCUUCUAUAACGCUGCGAGAUCGGCCACCCUGCGCCAGGAGAUCCUUCUUAGCUGCUACCCGCCGGAAGAAUCGAGCAUGGAAGCCCUCACUAACUAUGAGCGAAGUCAGCAACUCCAAGAUGCGGUUAUCAACACCGUGGAGUGCUUAAGAGAACUUGCUCAGUUGGAUUUGUCGCGAUACUUACCACUCAGCAUGCAAGUUUUCCUAAACACCAUCAUGGAUAACAAACUAACCGCAGCAUCUAGUAUGGCAUAUAUCACGGUACCAUUGCUCUUUCACAUUCUCGACGUGAAGGUCUUGUCUCCAGAAAGAAUCGACGAGGUCAGCUUCGAAGCAAGACACUGCCGCCUCCGAGUGCUUAUCAACGCACUCAAAGAGCACCGGCCUCGCUAUGACGGUAUCGAAUGGAUCAGCUACACUCUACGUUACGCAGUCAACCUCGCAGAGAUGAAUUCGGCGCGUAUUCCCAAGAAAUUGGUUGGCAGUUGGGCUGAUCUAUUGACUCAACAGCCGAGCUUUUGUCUCCGGCUGGCUCUGACAGUUGAUUUGAGCAUCAGUCAGGUCAAGAUCCCGGACGACCAGGACUUCCCGGUAAUCCUACGAGGCUCUUUGCGGCCGGGUGUAAGCCUCGAGCAAUCUCUAUCGUUGAAGACACCAAAUCGAGCCGCAGACUUCCAAGAUAUGGAUCUUAUACGUUUUGUCCCGAGAAAUGAGUCACACACGACUACGAAGUACAUGAAGCAUGAUUCACAGCUCAAGGAAUCCUCCUUGAGAAAUCAUUCCAACGAAGAAGUGGCUAUUGGCGAAGAUGAUAGUGUGAGCUUUGUGGACAACGAUGAUCAAACAAUUUCGCCAAUGUUCACUUCAAUCAACACUCAAAUGGAAAAGCCUCAGACGGAUAUUCACGAGCGAUCACACCUAGAAGGCGAAGCCAUGCCGCAUUCGGUGAUGGAAUCAUUUGAUUUGUCUUCAACUGGUAACUUCAUCCUGGAGGGAUGCGAAUCAGAAACGUUGAUCGAAUCGGACUUGGAAAGCUUCUUGGCCACCUCGAACACUGCAGUCUCAACAGGGGUACCCUAG